AUGGGAAUCUGUGUGUCAAAGAAUGUUUCGAAAGAGGAGCUCAGAAAAUCAAUAAAAAGACAAGGAGCAGUGACUUCAGAAGAGGAAGAUGCACUUUUGAUUGCUGAGUUAAGGAGUCAAUUGAGGAUGGUAUAUGGCCACAAAUCUCUGGGGUUAGCAAUGAUGGGAAUGACUGAAAUCCCUAAGAUUACUUGGCAGGUAACUGAAGUAGAAAAACUGAAUGUGUCACAUAAUUUCCUCCUUAGUCUUAGUCCUGGCAUUGAGAACCUUCAGAACUUGGUCAUUCUAAAUUUGCUAGGGAAUCAAUUGGCUGCUUUGCCGAAAGAAAUUGGAAUGCUGAGGAAACUGAGGGUUCUAUUUGCUGACUGGAAUUGUCUCAAAGAAGUUCCGCAAGAACUGAGCCACUGCAAAAAACUCCAGGUCCUAAGCCUUUCAUACAAUAUGAUUUUGUCUCUCCCUGAGAGCUUUGAGGACCUGAGGAAACUGGAAAAGCUCAAUUUAAGCAACAAUCGCUUUGUGCAAUUGCCCACGUGCGUCUACCGGAUGAGGAGAUUAACUUUCUUACACAUCGGCUGCAACAAAAUUGAAAGCAUUUCUGAAAGUGUGGGCCAACUGGAAGACAUGAGGAUAUUUAUUGCAGAGAAAAACAGGCUUCGAUUCCUGCCCAAAUCAAUCUGUUUGUUGAGACCCCUUAAGCUCCUCAAUGUGAACUAUAAUGAGAUUGAAAACCUUCCCAUAAACCUCCCCAUGCUGACUGAGUUGGAAAGGGUAGCCAGCCAUUCGCUAGAUACAGGCCUUCAUAUCAAAUGUAACCCCCUUGCUAAACCACUGCCGGACCUUGUAGAAGAGGGGCUCGAACCUCUCUUUGAUUAUUUGAAACCCAAAAGGGACAAUAAAUAA